GCGGCAGGAGGUGGAGCAGUGUCCCACCCCACCUCCCGCCCUCCCCGGGCCGCUUGCCUUGGUGGAAGGGAGAUAAUAGGACGCCUUCCCAUCUCCCUGGAGCCCGAGAGAAAGCAGUUGCUAUCUGCUCCUCCUCCUCCUGCUGCUCAGUGGGAAGGUUUGUUAUGAAUUGAAAGCAGCGGCUCGCUGUUCUUGGGUUUAAGCCCCCUAGCAGGCUGCUGAGUCCCUUUGUCGGCUGGGUGUGUGGAUUCACACGUGUGCGCGCUUGCUUGGGCGUAUCUGACCGUGGAGAAAAGGUCCUCCUGAAACGGGUUGGACUAGAUGUCAUCCAAGGUCCCUUCCAACUCUGUUAUUGUUUACUGUUUAAAUCGGCCUGUCUUUUGAGGUCAGCUGAUAGGAACAGGGGCUCUGCCUCUUGAGAAGACACGGCUGGGUGUUGCAGAGGUGCAAGUCAUCUGGUAAUUUUUAACUUUCUGGAUUCUGCAAUCUGGCUUUGUUGACUGUUGAUAAACCAGCAUGCUUGGUAGAAGACCCAGGAAAAGCCCCCAGGCCAAGGGUCAGGCAGGAGCUGCCGCAAAACAGCUGGGUCUUUUUAUAGAGUUCAAUCCUGAAGAGAUGAUACUAGAUCUAGAAGACGAUGGGGAUCUAGAAGCUGAGCUAGCGGCUAUUACUGGAGAGAAUUUGCCUACUGGAAAAAACAAACCAAAAGGAAAAUCCCCUUUGCCCAUGGGUCAUAUAGAAAAGAUGGCUGCUGAGUGCAUGAAGGACAUGGAUGAUGAUGAUGAUGAAGGUCUGGAGGAAGAUACCGAACUUUUGGCAGAGUUACAGGAAGUCCUGGGAGAGGAACAUGGAGAAGAAACCAGAGAGAGAGAGACAGAAACAACGGGAACAUCUCCUAUAACCACAGAGCAUCACACUGAUAUGCCAACACAGAUGAUUCCUGUUGUUUCCAGUGGAUUGCAGAAGACGGUAGAAGACAGGAUAGCUAUUUACAAGACAGCAAUACUGAACUCAAAGGAGGCUGGUGAAAAUGCCAAAGUGCGACGAUACGAGCGAGGUCUCAAGACACUGGAAUCCAUGCUGACUGCGUUGAAGAAUGGCAAAAAAGUGAAUGAAGAAGAAAUGCCACCUCCUGUGGCAUCUGGGAAGAGCUCUUCAUCUGUGCCACAGGCCACGCCUCAGAGUGACUUGCCUAAAAGCUCAACUGAUCAAGAUGAAGUGCCAUUACCUGAGGAGGAAGGCGUGGAAGGCCUCUCAGCAGCCCAGAAAUUGACAGAUCCCAGUGAUCAGCAGUUGUCUGUAAACAGAACUGCUGUCGAGGAUCAGGAUGUAAACACACAUGACCUAGGAACAAAAGCUACUUUGGAAAAUGAUUCCAAACAUCUUGACACACGGGCACUGCUUGUGACAAGAGAGAAGGAGUACAAAUUAGCAGCAUUGAAAGCUAAACAGAAAGGGGACCUUGAGAAGGCAAAAGAAUACAUGAGGACUGGGAAGAAAUUUAGCCUGGUUAUAGAAGCCUUGGAUAAUGGGCAGCCUGUAGUCCUCAGGGAUAUGCCUCCUGCCCUGGAAAAACUUGAAAGUACAGAAGACGUGCAGUCUCCCUCAAUACAAACUCCAUCUGUACCUGUGGAAAAUUGUCAGCUUGUAACUAAACCGGAUUUUCAAGGUUACGAAGAGCCAGGUUCCCAACAGCAGCCAAAAACGGUGCUAGAAGCUCUGAAUGAGAGGCUGGAAAAGUACAAGUCAGCAGCAACUCAAGCCAAAGCAAAUGGUGAUGGCCGGAAAAGUAGGAUGCACGACAGAAUAGCCAAGCAAUAUCAAGAUGCCAUAAAAGCACAUAAAUCAGGAAGAAAAGUGAACUUUGCUGAACUACCGGUCCCCCCUGGAUUUCCUCCAAUUCCUGGAAUGUCUCCUAUAGAUGAUCAUAGCACAGUUUCUGGAAUGCUGGAAAAUGCUAACACGUUGAUUAAGAUGGAAGAGGAGAAAGAAACAACCUAUGACAAAGAUGAUGAUGAUGAGGGUGAAUCUUCCACACAGGCUCCAGCUGCCCCCAAACCCACCCCGCUACCUACAAAACCUGUGCAAAUUGUUCAGCCGCUAGUGGUGCAAUCUACUGUAACCCAGGAAGACUCCACUUCAGAGAAAGAUCAUUCCCUGCCUAUCUCUGCAAUAGCAUCAGAGAGAUCGCCAUCUACUGAGCAUCUCCCUUCAGCUGCCAAGGAGCAUCUUGAAUUUUUAGAGAACAGAAAAAAGCAAUACCUCAAAGCUGCAAUUCAGGCAAAGAAGAAAAAUGAUCUUGAACAAGCCAAGGCCUACCUGAGAACAGCCAAGAGCUUAGAUCCAAAAAUUGAGAUGGCCAAAAAUGGCAAAUUGGUAGAUAUUUCAAAGCUGCCUUCACCUCCUACGGAUGACGAGGGUGAUUUUAUUUUCAUACAUCAUGAAGACUUUAGACUUUCUCAGAAAGUAGAAGAAGUUUACAUUCAACUCAUCAGUCUCCUGAAAGACCAGCAUGAGAAAUGUAUGCAGUAUUCCAAACAAUUUAUGCAUUUGGGAAAUGUAACUGAAACAUCAAGGUUUGAAAAGCUAACUCAGCAUUGUAAAAAGGAUCUAGAGAUCCUACAGCUCGCCCAGAAGCAGGGGUUAGAUCCUCCAAGCCAUCACUUUGAAGAACGAACCUUUAAAAUUGUAAGAAUAUUUUCAGAACUCAGUAGCACAGAAAUGCAUCUAAUCAUUGUUAGAGGAAUCAAUCUACCAGCUCCAGCAGGAGUAGCGCCUAAUGAUUUGGAUGCUGUUGUGAAAUUUGAAUUUCAUUACCCUAAUACAGAACAAGCUCAGAAAAGCAAAACAUCAGUGGUUAAAAAUACCAACUGCCCAGAAUAUAAUCAGCUAUUCAAGUUGAACAUUAAUCGCAAUCAUAGAGGUUUUCGAAGAGCAAUUCAAACCAAAGGAAUCAAGUUUGAGAUUUUUCACAAAGGGUCCUUUUUCAGGAGUGACAAGCAAGUGGGAGCAGCACAUUUGAAACUUGACAAAUUGGAAUCUGAGUGUGAAAUUAGAGAGAUCGUUGAGGUUUUGGACAGUAGGAAGCCUACUGGAGGCAAACUAGAAAUAAAAGUAAGACUUAGGGAGCCACUUACUGGGCAAGAUCUUCAGACAAUUACAGAAAACUGGCUAGUUCUUGAAUACUAAUUCUGCUGAAGAUCCAGGAAUGCUAAAAGCUGCAGAAUGGACUUUACAUGGAGUUUCUGCAAGCACCAAAGAUGUUCAGUGAAUGCACUACUAAACAUAACAUCUUUAUUUUCAUAACUAUCAUAUAGUAUGAGUUGGUAAGCUUUGUAAGUCUACUACUAGGAAUGAAGGUACUGAUACACAAAGAGACUGACCUAUUUUAACCUUUCUUGAGGCUAAAAUUGUUGGUAAUACAUAAAUGGUACUUGUUAAUGUGAUUGCUGACUUGAGCAAAAAAGGACAUGUUGGUAAGUGUGGAGAAAAGAGUUUAAUAAAUAGCAGUAUAAUUAAGAUAUGAUGCAGCAGCUCAUGUUAUAUAACCUGCAAUUAAGAUGUGUUUCUGACCCAUGGAAUAAAUGGAUAGUCUUGUUUACUGAAGUGUAGGUUAAGCAGCUGUGAUUGUAUCUCUCUUUAAAUUGCCUGCAAUGAAGAUUUUAAGUUACUGUACAUCUUUUCAUAUAUGCAUCCAUGUUGCUCAAGUGUGACUAGAGCACAUCUUCUCCAAGGGGGAGCCUGUAUCAAAUGUGAGAUAGUUAAUAGUUCUUUUUUAAAUUCUCAUUUUUAUUCCUUUAGCUCUUCUGUCAACCAAGGCAGGAAUAAAACUGUUUACUGUUAAAUAUCAAGAUUUUUAUCUUGCUUCAGCAAAUACAGUAGAUACACAACAAUUGGACUGAAAGUACAAGACAAUUGUCGCCUGCCUCCUAAAUAGAACAAGCAACUAGAGAUCAAAAUUAUCUUUCUUUUUCUCCAAGUUUCAUGGCUUCCAGCAAGGGAGUUGCAGAAGAUUUCCACAAUAUGUGUGUGAUUUCAUACAUACACUUAAGUCUGCCAUGCAGCCAGCAUUCAUUUCUGUCUUAAGUCAGUGGAGACAAUGCAGCAUUGUUGUAAUUUUAAUAAAUUUAAUAUACAAAACUACAUGUUGAAAAUAAAAAUAUAAUAUGCAGUCUUUGCAGUGUUAACUGAAUUUUAAAAGUACAUUUUUUUUCUUUAAACAAGUACUCGGUUCUUAACAAUAUGGUAAUCUUAAAGUCAUUUAAAGGCUGUGGUUGAAGCAAACCAGUCAAUAGAAUUUUGCACAAACAUAGCCCAAACAAAUGAUUUUCUGCAGAGGGAUGAAAAGUUCAGCCUUUCUCCAUUUGUCAAUAACUUUAAUGCAAAGCUAAGUUACUGAAAAGCUUGCUUCUAUGGUGAAACUUGAGAUGCAGCUAAUAAAGUAAGAUCUACAGCAGUUGUAAAGAGCAAUUGUAUUAACUUUGGCAAUUCAGCCU